AUGAAUUUUACUAAUUCCAUAUCAGUGACUAAAGCAUUAAGAGUAUUAGGGGUUUGGUUUGAUUUACCAAAACAAUUAGUUUCAGAUAAUGACCCACCCUCCACGAGUUCAGAAUUUAAACAAUUUUUAGUGACUAACGGGAUAGAACACACGUAUUCAGCACCGUAUCAUUCUUCAUCCAACGGAGCAACUGAAAAUGCAGUUAAAACCUGCAAAAACGUAAUUAAAAAGGCUAUAUCACAGAAAUUAGACGUGGACGUUGCGCUUCUAAGAUUUCUUUUGGUAUAUAGAAAUACUGAACACUGUACCAAGGGAGAGAGUCCAGCAAAAUUAUUACAAGGCCGCGCGUUACGUAUGCGACUUGACUGCUUAAAACCCGAACGAGCAGAUCGCGUUCACACCUCACAGAAACGUCAGCAGUUAGCAUCAGGCGGCUUGCGUCGGAAUUUUAGGGAAGGGGACACAAUUUGGUACCGUAACUAUGGCGCGAGAAGGAAAUGGUUAGAGGGUAAAAUUCAGUUUAAGGUAGGAAAUACGAAUUAUGAAAUUUUAGGUAUCGACGGAAUCGUACACCAUAGACACGCAGACCAAUUAAGACAUGCAUUUAAUGUUGCUUUGAAUGACACGCCCAUACAUAGUGAAAAAUGCAGGCGCAGUUCAUUUAACCCAUUUUAG